ACCGCGAUACUAUUUCUUGCUUCUUUCUGUCCGCCGAAGUUACAAUCGGUAAAGUGAUAUCCACAAUUCUCCAUAACCAGUGGUAACUGCAACUAGAGUACUCGAUUGUGUUCAGUGUUUUGUUAGUGCCAAACAAGCUGUUAGAGAUAAGCCACAAUAUGCAGCUCAACGGUAGCAUGGGGGUAAAUAGAUGUGAUCUCGCGCGCGGAGUUUCGUUUGAUAAUUUUUUGUUUAAUUUAUGGCAUUCUUUUCGUUCCCGUGUAUGUGCACGCAAUGAAGCCACACAGGUGGCAAGAUGCCUGCACUCCAUGCAGCCGCAAGGCAGCUGCAGCUGGAGCUAGCGAAUAUACACAAGGAAGAAUUGAUCGAGGGAUCGAGUACGGUAUGGGUGCCGGAGAUGGCUCGUCGGGCUGGAGGUCGUCGGGGUGCAGGAGCACGGGGGCGACGAUGUCGGUGACGCCGCACCGGGCGGCGCCGGCGGCGGCGAGCAUCAACAUCUACGUCAACAACAACGUGCAGGGCGUCACCAACUCCGUGCUCGUCGGGAGCAGGGUGGUCAUGAGAGACCCUGGAGCUCGCGUCGUGAUCCCUGCUCGGCGUCCGCGCCGCGCCGGCCGUCUCGGCUUUCGAAAUCGAAAGCAACAGAAGCUGAAGACGAAGAUGGCGGCGGCGGCGGCGAUGUGGGCUGCUGCGGCUGCUGCUGUUAUGGUUUGCCUCGCCAUUGCUGUUGUGAUGCUUGGUGCGAACUGUAGGUAAGUAGAAGUGAGUUGAAUUUGGGUACACUCUGUGUGUAUGUGUUUCUUUGGGGAGACCUGUGUUCCAUGGAUCGGCGAUCAGGUCUUAACCGAGAACUCGUUCGGAUUUUUUUUAGUUUUCAGUAAUUCGAUUAAUUGGAAAUGUCA